CAGCUCCAAAAAUUCUCAAUUUCUCAGACACAAAACCACACCUUCACUGUGUGUCUAUCUCUGUGUGUGUGUGUGUUUUUUUUUAAUAUAAGUAUAUAUAAUGUAGGAGAAUUUAGAAAUGAGAAAAAAGGGGGAAGAUUUAUUUAUAAAAAUUUGGGAAGUGAACACAUGUUUUAAGGCUCUUCUGUCAUUGGGAAGUGGGGUGGGACUUUGGGACAAACAAAUACUUACACUGAGUUCAUACUUUUCGCAUCUGUAACGUAAAAGAACAGCUCUGCUGCUGAGUGCUGAUUCAUAUGAACUGAUGACUGAUGAGUGUGAGUACUUAAUAGAGUAGUUUUAUUGUUCAUUUGUGAGAAAAAUUUAAUCUUCGGAAGAAAUUUGAUUAGGCCAAAAUAGACGAGCCUUCCCUUUUUUCCACUCCCCAGUUUUUGGUCCUUUUCGGGUUGUUUUUCUUCCUCAUUUACUGACUUUCCAUUUACAUCUAUCUCCUCUGUCUUACCUUUUCAAACUUCAAAGAAAAAAAAAUUGAGUCUUUCCAGUUUCCACCAGUGAAUAAUACUUGAAUGCUUUGAGCCCCCCUCCAUUUUUUGCGGUUUUCAGUAAGAACAGUGUCGACUCAUUGACAACUCUCUCCUCUUUCUGCGACUGUUUAUAGAGACGUGUUGAUUGUGGAUACUAUUCAAGCGGUUUGAGGGUAUUUGGUUUUUGUUAUUGAAAUUUUGGUUGGGUGGAACCCUCUUGGAUUUGAACUGAGGCAGUCGAAUUAUUGAGGAUGGAAUCUAUGGUUUGAGACAAAGGGAGCAAAAUGCAUGGUUCUGUGACUUAUAUGGAAAUAACUACUCACAAAUAUGGAUGCCAGAGAAGAUAGUGGUAGAUUUGCUGGUAGACCGAGUACCACUUUAAGGAAUUUAUCAUCUUCUUCCUCGGCAUUCUUUUCGGCGAAUCAAUCACCUUUUUUCUCCCCAAGAUCACCAACAUGUCAGUUACCUGCAAAUGCCGACAAUUCAAGUAAGCCAACCAGAUUUGCAUUGUCAGAUGUAUUUGCUAGCACUGCUGAUUGUCCUCCGAGUAAUCUAGAGGAUUUGAAUCACGUUUCUUCUGCAACAUGUAUUUCCGAGGGUGUCACAUCAAGCUUUGUUCUGGGUCAUCAGUACCAUGAACUCGAUUAUCCCAGGCCGACUGUAAAGCAGAAAAAGCUGCCUAAGAUGCCAGAACCUUCAGCAAAUUCAACCUCAACCUCCUCUUGUUCAAAUAAGUUGAGGAGUUGUGACGUGUAUAUAGGUUUUCAUGGUCGCAAGCCUUUACUAUUGCGGUUUACUAAUUGGCUACGUGCUGAGUUAGAGGUUCAGGGAUUGAGUUGCUAUGUGACAGAUCGAGCCCGCUAUCGUAACUCACGGAAGCAUGCAAUUGUUGAGAGAGUGAUGGAUGCCUGUACAUUUGGUGUUGUAAUCUUGACCAGGAAGUCUUUUAGAAAUCCAUUUACCAUUGAGGAGCUGAGGUUCUUCUCAAGCAAGAAGAUUCUGGUUCCAAUAUAUUUUGAUUUAGGUCCAGAUGACUGUUUAGUCAGGGAUAUAAUCGAGAAAAGAGGGGAACUGUGGGAAAAACAUGGUGGAGAACUGUGGCUUCUCUACGGAGGGUUAGAGAGAGAAUGGAAAGAUGCUGUUGGAGCUCUUUCCCGGGUUGAUGAUUGGAAACUGGAGGCUCAUGACGGAAAGUGGAGAGAUUGCAUACUUAGAGCUGUGACUCUCUUGGCUUUAAGAUUGGGAAGGAGAAGUGUUGUAGAUAGACUGACUAAGUGGAGAGAGCUGGCUGAGAAAGAAGAGUUUCCAUUUCCACGUAAUGAGAAUUUUGUUGGCAGAAAGAAGGAAUUGUCCGAACUGGAAUUUAUGCUUUUUGGUGAUGUUAGUGGUGAUGCAGAGAAGGAUUAUUUUGAACUCAAGGCCCGACCGCGGCGUAAGAAUUUGACAAUUGGAUGGGGUAGAAGUAAUUCAAUUGAUGAAAAGAAAAAAGUGCGGCAAAGUGAAAACAACAAGAGAAAAGGGAAAGAGCCUGUUGUCUGGAAGGAAUUUGAGAAGGAGAUUGAAAUGCAGAACAAUGAUUCUCCCCCAAAACAGCAGCAUAUGCCAAAGAUAAAGAGUAACGCAAAGCAUGGAAGGAGGAAAAGAUCAAUGAAGGUUGUGUAUGGGAAGGGAAUCGCUUGUGUCUCUGGAGACUGGGGAAUUGGGAAGACAGAACUCCUUCUUGAGUUCGCCUACAGAUUUCAUCAACGAUAUAAAAUGGUUCUAUGGAUAGGAGGCGAAAGCAAAUACAUCCGGCAAAACUAUAUGAACCUUUGGCCAUUUCUAGAAGUUGAUGUAGGAGUAGAGAACUAUCUAGGGAAAACCAGGAUAAAGAGCUUUGAAGAACAAGAAGAUGCCGCCAUAGCCAGAGUUCGGAAGGAGCUCAUGCGCAACAUUCCGUUUCUGGUUAUAAUCGAUAACUUAGAGAGCGAGAAGGAUUGGUGGGAUCACAAGCUUGUAAUGGAUCUUCUCCCUCGUUUUGGGGGUGAAACCCAUGUGAUAAUAUCCACCCGGCUUUCUCAUGUAAUGAAUUUAGAGCCAUUAAGACUUUCUUAUCUGUCUGGAGUUGAGGCAAUGUCGCUGAUGCAAGGAAGUGUCAAGGAGCUUCCGUUAGUAGAGAUUGAUGCUCUUCGUGCAAUUGAGGAUAAGCUUGGAAGGCUAACAUUAGGUCUGGCUAUCGUUGGAGCAAUUUUAUCAGAGCUGCCUAUAAAUCCCAGUCGGCUUCUAGAUACAAUUAACAGGAUGCCUACUAGGGAUUUAACGUGGAGUAGUGGUAGAGAAAGUCAUCCAUUAAGGCGAAAUACUUUUCUUCUACAACUAUUUGAGGUUUGCUUUUCGAUAUUUGAUCAUGCAGAUGGACCGAGGAGUUUGGCGACAAGAAUGGUUCUAGCCAGUGGUUGGUUUGCUCCAUCACCAAUUCCCAUCUCUCUUUUAGCGCUUGCAGCUAACAAGAUACCCGAGAAACAACAUCGCCGAAAGGUGUGGAAAACGGUGUUGUGCUCCUUAACUUGUGGCUUCACAUCCUCGUAUUCUCGAAGAUCUGAAGCUGAAGCAUCUUCAUUGCUGCUAAGGUUUAAUAUGGCUAAACCUUGCAUGAAGGAAGGGUAUAUCCAUUUCAGCCCCCUUCUCAAGCUUUAUGCCCGGAAAAGAGCAGUCACUGGGGUUGCACAAGCGACGGUAGAAGCCGUAGUUAGUCGUGGGUCUAUUAGUGAUCACUCCGAGCAUAUCUGGGCAACUUGUUUUCUACUUUUCAAGUUUGGAAAUGACCCUAUUGUUGUUGAGCUGAAGGUCACUGAUUUGCUGUUUCUGGUGAAAGAAGUAAUCCUGCCGCUCGCAAUCAGGGCGUUUAUCACUUUUUCGCGAUGCAGUGCCGCCUUACAACUUCUUCGGCUGUGUACUGACGCGCUGGAAGCUGCAGAUCAAGCAUUUGUCACCCCUGUUGAUAAAUGGUUGGACAAAUCUCUUUGCUGGAAACCAAUCCAAACAAAUGCUCAGUUGAACCCUUGUUUGUGGCAGGAUCUGGCAUUAUGCCGAGCUACUGUGCUCGAGAUCCGGGCGAAGCUGAUGAUAAGAGGGGGACAGUUUGAUAUAGGAGAUGAUCUAAUUAGGAAAGCCCUCUUCAUUCGGACAUCAAUCUGUGGUGAAGAACAUCCUGACACCAUUGCAGCUCGUGAAACACUUACUAAACUUACUAGACUCCUUGCUAAUGUGCAAAAUCACAUGUCACCAUAAAUAGCUUUUCUUUUUUCUCCUCCUUUUUGGUUUAAUUUAGCCAACAUAGUUUAUUACAUUAGCCACACAAUUUUGAAUAAAUUAAAUUGCAGCUCAUGCAGAGAGAUCCUAUGCCAUUGCUACUAGAGUUAGAUUACAUAGAUUCAUUCUUUCCAAAAGUUCUGUUCUGUUCUCUUUGUAAAUUUUAUUCUCAUAUUUAAGGCUAACAUUUCAAC